UCGCUCCUCGCCUCUCGUCUCUCUCCAGUGUGGAAGCCGAGGUGGGGUAACGAGGAGGGGGAGUGAACGGGGCGAAGAAGUGGGGAAGCCUUGGCCGUAAUCCCGUCUUCUUCUUCUCUCAAUCCGCGAUUCUUCUCUCCGAUCACCUCUUCUACGUGCGUUGCGAGGUGCUAUCCUUUCCAUGAGGGUAUGACAUGAUGUGUAGGGCCCUUUUAGGCCUUCCAAAGACAUUGGCAUACCUCUAUAUUGUGUACUGACAACAUAAUUCUCAUGGCUCGAAAGGGAAAUCACCAAAGGAAUGGUCUGAAUUGUCAUACAGCUGAUGUACAAGGCAUAGAUUCAGAUGGAUUUAAAGAAAAUUCAGAGAUGCGGAGUGGAAAGACUCCUGAGACAGAAUACCCCAACAAUGCUGAUAAUGUUUGUCAGCCAAGGAGUCCCGUUGGGAAGAUAAACAAAACGAAGGCAAAUGGUAAAAGGAACAGGCAGAGAUCUGGAUGUGCUCUUACUAGAGAGAAACCAGAUGAUCAAAUCCCAAGUUUAUUGCGAUCAGAAGAUAGGUCAAGCGGUCUACGAGAUCCAUCAAAAAGUAACCUUUCAUCAAAUUCUUUUGAAGAAAAAAGAAAUGAUGGAAAGUUCUGCCACUUUUUUGACGGCCUGCCCAUUGGAAAUAACAAUGGAGCUUUCCUAGCAGUAGCAUCUAGGAACUUAAGGUCUUUGGCCUUGUAUGUUCUAGGAGCAGCUUCUGAAUGGCUUGAACGGCAGAAACCACGAUUGAAAGUGAUAAAUUCAGUCAUUCGAAAGAGUCAUAAUUAUGCCCGUGUUAAAGUUGGGCAUGCCUAUCCUAUUAUUUUGACAUGGACAUUAUAUCUUGGUAAAUUAAUUUUUCUGCUAUCCAUGGUAUGGCUGGACUGCAGCAUUCGUGGCCUUGAUUCUCUAUUACGGUUGGGAACUACAUCUUUCCUCACGACUAUUUGGUGCAGCAUCCUCUCCAUUACUGCAAUGAUUGGAUUCAUGAAAAUUCUUGUAGUCAUGGUAAUUUCUACUGCAAUGAUAGUUUUCAUUGGUGUUGGACUCACAAUUUUGGUUGUGGCCAUACUUGCAAUGGGAAUUUUAUGGUUCUAUGGCAGCUUUUGGACAACAGGGCUUGUGUCACUUUUUUCAGGUGUUACAUUUAUGUUUGGCCAUGAACGGGUUGCCCUUCUUAUCUCUACAGUAUAUUCUAUGUACUGUGCUAGAUGCUAUGUAGGGUGGCUUGGGUUGCUUUUUGGACUCAAUGUGUCUUUCAUAUCCAGUGACAUUCUUAUACACAUCCUAAAGAAUAACAUAAAUGAUUCCAAAUCUAACGAUUCUUCAGAGCAUACUAGGCAAACUCGGAGUCGAGCGGGUCAUUUCUUUGGGGAAUCUUCUCAUUCUUCACUGGGAGACGAUGCUUUUCGGUCUUCUUCUGAGACACCAGCUGACCGUUGCCCAGGCGUUCCUUCAACCAGUGGAACUGAGGCCGAACUUAGCUCUGAAGAUGAAGUUGCUCGAUUGUUGAACUGUGCUGAUCACUAUUCAGCUCUAGGUUUGACUCGCUAUGAGAAUGUAGACGCCUCUUACCUGAAGAAGGAGUACAGAAAGAAGGCAAUGCUUGUCCACCCAGAUAAGAAUAUGGGCAAUGAGAAAGCUGCAGAUGCAUUUAAAAAACUUCAAAAUGCAUACGAGGUUCUGUUAGAUUCUUUGAAACGAAAGACGUAUGACGAAGAAUUGAGGAGGGAAGAGUUAUUGAAUUAUUUUCGAAGGUUUCAGAAUUCUCCCCUAAAGAAGGGGGGACAGGGCAUUUUUAGACCAGGAUUUAGUCAUUCUGAAGCUGAAUAUGAAGGUCCAUAUGGAGAAGCAAGAAGAAUAGCAUGCAAGAAAUGCAGUGAUUUCCAUGUCUGGAUUUGCACAGAUAGAUCCAAAUCCCAAGCAAGAUGGUGUCAGGAUUGCAAAGAAUUCCACCAAGGUAAAGAUGGUGAUGGGUGGGUUGAACAGUCUUUCCAGCCCCUUUUGUUUGGAUUGCUGCAGAAGGUGGAUCCACCAAGAGUGUACGUGUGUGCAAAAAGCAAGGUUUAUGAGGUCACGGAGUGGUUCAUCUGUCAGGGAAUGAAAUGCCCUGCCAACACUCACAAGCCAAGUUUUCAUGUGAACACCAGUCUAACAAAGCAAACUAGCUCCAAGGGAUCUGGUUCGGCCCCAAGAGGAGGUGGGGCGACAAGCAACAACGAAGAGGCCAUCACCGAGGAAGAAUUCUUCGAGUGGUUGCAGAAUGCAAUGCAGUCGGGCAUGUUUGAAGCCAACAACAACAGCACAACCAACGAGAGCCCCUCUCCCGGAAAUGGCAGCGGCUCCAAAGGCAGCUUCAAGAAAAAGAAGAAAGGCAAGAAGCAGUGGUGAGGGCGGCGGCGGCAGCAGCAGCAGCACCAAGGUUACGUAUAUACGGAGUGCAGCCAAAUAAAAAGUUUGAUGGCUAUAUAUUGAAUUGCUCAAAAACCCUCUUAGAUAGCGGGGCACUAUUGAAUUGCUCAAAAAAAAAAAAGUUUCUUUU